AUGUCCCCAGCGCAGGCCACCCCGUCGCCGACGCCAUCCAGCUCGUCGGUCACUCCAGAAAAGACUGAGCUGGCUAGCCAUCUAUCUUACCCAGCACCAGAACUACCCGUCGCGUCGACUUCAGCGUCGCACGAAGAACGACCACGCCCGGUAUUGAAGGAAAGGCUCUAUGUCGGGAACCUGCACCCGACCGUUGAUGAGUAUACCCUUCUGCAAGUCUUCACGAAGUUCGGCAAGGUGUCCAAGCUCGACUUCCUGUUCCACAAGACUGGCCCUCUGAAAGGGAAGCCGCGCGGAUACGCCUUCAUCGAGUUCGCCGAUGCAAAUGAAGCUGAGAAGGCACUCGAACGCGCGAACGAUAAGCUACUGCGCGGCCGGAAGCUCGUCAUCACCCAUGCACACCAGGCGCCACUCGACCAAGGCGGACACUCCGGUGCGAGACCAAGGAGGACGAUGAACGAUGCUGGGAAGCCAACGACACUCAGCAUGUUGAAGGGCGCGUCUACUGGCCGGGCAAAUAUGACGGAGGCGAAGAUCGCGCGCAUGGAGGCGAAACUCCGUGAACUGGAGCAGUCGGCGGCGGAGUCGCCUGCGUCAAAGUCAAAGUUGCCGGUGCAUCCUUCGCUGCCUCCCAAGCCUGUGGCGGCAUCUGCUGCCGCCGCUAGGCCACCGUCCCCAUCUCGGCGACAGUCGGUCCUGCCUAGGAAGCCUCAGCACCAUCUGCCGUCGUUGCCUAUGGCAAAGCCUACACCAUCCCCGACGACCUUUUCAUCUGGAACGUCUAUCGGACGUCACAUGGACCUGCCGAAGAAGAACACGCCACUCGCGGGUGUGCGUAUAGUCAAGAAGAAAGACAAGUGAAAACGUUCUCGUACAUUGUGUAAUCUCCCUUGUAUUUGUAUCGUUUGUGAGACCAUCAAUUCUACCACUCUCGGCGCGUCUCUUUCAAGUGUUCAUUUGCUCUUUCAAUAUGCCCGUAUGCGGAGAGUGAAAGGCAUAUACGUUCGUGAGGCUUUUGCGUCCCGCUAUCCAUCCGGUUUCUUGUCACUGCGGCCCGGAAGAUGCGCAGUCUCGUAUCAUGCUAUUGCGUUGUAGUAGUCGCUAUUCAAGACGAUGG